UAGGUUCUUCCUCCAAGUCAAGUAUGGUGGGCAAAGCGCGCCGGGCCGUAGUGGGUUAGACACAAAUAAAGUGACUUCGAAGACCGCUCACAAGUCCUUAAGGUUGGCCAACAUUUCAUGGAAGAUACUGGCCUGCAACUCUCAGACAACACUUUUAUUGGAAUGCUGGACACUGAGUCCCCUGUCAUGGAGAGCAAUGGGGAUGCAUUUCUUCCUGACCUUCCGGUUCUAGGCCAAACUGCAGACUGGUCCCCAGACCAGGUUACUCCUGACCCACUUGCCAACAUCUUACCUGAAGACUCAGAUGAGUCCCAGGACGCUCCCGAGCAGCACCAGCAACCAAAUGAGCAGAUGGAUUCCACAGAGCUGGGAUCUGUGGAGAAAGCUGUGGAGCAGUUUCAGAUUGCCAGUGCUCAGCUUUUCCAAGAUGAGCAACCACCACCACCGCCUCCACCUCCACCUCCUCCCCAGCCAGAAGAAGAGUCGGAGCAGCCAUCAUUCCACAAAGCAGACUCUGGAGAGUCUGAUCAAGACAGCCAGGAGAUGACCGUUAUGCCAGAAGCUUCUACUCAGGAUAGCAGUCAAGAGGCGAGCGAGGCACCACAGGUGACAGAGGAGGGCAUGGAGCUUGAAGAACCCAAAGAAGCCACACAAGAACCGGCUGUUCCUGCCGAGCCUGAGCCAGAACCGCCUAGUGAGUUUGAAAAACUCUUUAAAGCAUGUGAGGAGAGCCCAGAGGACUUCAAUGGUUGGGUCUACCUGCUGCAGUAUGUGGAGCAAGAGAAUGCUCUUCCAGCUGUGAGAAAGUCAUUUGACAUAUUCUUCCUACGCUAUCCCUACUGUUAUGGCUACUGGAAGAAGUAUGCUGAUAUUGAAAAGAAGCACGAGAAUAUACAGGUUGCAGAAGAGGUAUACAGAAGAGGCUUGCAGGCCAUCCCUCUCAGUGUGGAUCUGUGGCUGCAUUACCUGACCUUCAUCAAAGAGAACUCUGACCUGAGUGACCCAGAGACAGAGGGACGCAUUCGAGCUGCUUAUGAGCAUGCAGUGCUUGCUGCCGGCACAGACUUCCACUCGGACCGCCUGUGGGAGUCCUACAUCACCUGGGAGACGGAGCAGGAGAAACUGGCUAACGUCACUGCCGUCUAUGACAGAAUCCUGGGCAUCCCAACACAGCUGUAUUCCCAGCACCUCCAGAGGUUUAAAGAUCACGUACAAAACAACAACCCCAAGCACUUCUUGUCAGAAGAGGAGUUCAUUCAGAUGAGGCUCGAGCUCUCCAAAGCCAGCCUGUCGGCGAUGAUCUGCGAGAGCGAGGACAAGCCUUCUGCUCAGGAUGACCUACCACCCGGUACCGAGGACCUUGCGGACCCUGCUCAGAGAGUGACGGAGAUCGAGAACAUGCGCCACAAGGUGAACGAGGUUCGGCAGGAAGUGUUCAACCACAACGAACAUGAAGUCAGCAAGCGCUGGGCUUUUGAGGAAGCGAUUAAGAGACCCUACUUCCACGUCAAAUCCUUAGAGAAGAACCAGCUGAACAACUGGAAGGAGUACCUGGACUUUGAAAUUGAGAACGGGACUCCGGAGCGCGUGGUCGUUCUUUUUGAACGAUGCCUCAUCGCCUGCGCACUCUACGAGGAGUUCUGGACCAAGUAUGCAAAAUAUCUAGAGGGCUACAGCACUGAUGGUGUGAGACAUGUCUACAAGAAAGCGUGUACCAUCCAUUUGCCCAAGAAGCCAGCGAUUCACCUGCUGUGGGCUGCCUUCGAGGAGCAGCAAGGUAAUGUAGAGGAGGCUCGUGACAUCCUGAAGUCCCUGGAGGCAUUAGUCUCCGGUCUGGCCAUGGUGCGUCUGAGGAGGGUCAGUCUGGAGCGGCGCCACGGUAACUUGGAGGAAGCGGAAGCCAUGUUGAGGGAGGCCAUGGAGUCUGCGAAGAAUGCUACGGAGACAUCGUUCUACGCUGUGAAGCUGGCCCGGCAGAUGAUGAAGGUGCAGAGAAGUCUGAGCAAAGCCAGGAAGGUGCUGCUGGAUGCUAUCGAAAAAGACCAGACAAGUCCAAAGCUCUAUCUGAACCUGCUUGAGCUGGAAUACAGUGGAGACGUGACACAGAAUGAGGCUGAGAUCUUGGCCUGUUUCGACCGGGCCCUGCAGAGCCAGAUGCCUCUGGAGUCCCGCCUCCUCUUCUGUCAGCGCAAGGUUGAGUUCCUCGAGGACUUUGGCACUGACGUCAAUGUGCUUGGCGCUGCGUAUGAGGAACUUCAAAAACUACAGAAAGAAAGCGAACCCGCGAAGAGGAAAGCCGAGAACGGGUAUGACAGCGCUCAGGAGCCUGACUCUAAGAGGCAGCGGGUGGAGGACGGUUCAACGGGUGCGGCAACAGCAGCGACGGACCCAGCGGCAAACAACACUGCAUACAACAACUGGUACCAGCAACAGUACGGUGGUUGGGGACAAAACUCCUGGGGACAGUACAACCAAUAUGCCCAGUAUAACCAGUACUACCCCCCUCCCCCAACAUAAUGGACAAACCCCUAACAUGAAGAUGAAGACUCAGAGGAAAGCAUCCAUUGUGACCUGCCUAAAUCUCUGUUCAUGGUUACAUAACAUGAUGCCUUAGAGAUUUCAAUCCAACCAUGAAAGCUGUUUUGUUCCUUCUUUCUGGAUUAAAUUGUACUAAUAAAUUCAACUUUGUACCAAUUGGUUGGAAUAUAAUACUCAUUGCCCUCUGUGACAUCGUGUUGAUCAGUUAUGAUCUUCAAAGAACACUCGAUAUGAAUUGUUAUUUUUUUCAUCUCCAACACUGGCUGUUCCGAGUUCUUUAAUGCAUGUUAUUUGUGAAGGCAGAUAUAUUUUUCUUGUGUGAUUAAAGCUUUUCAAUUUUUAGUUUUGAUGACUUAGUUUGGUCUCUUUCUGUGUUUAACAUUUGAACUUGUAAAGGAGGCUUUCAUGGAUGCACCUCUUGAGUCGUGUUUUUCUCCCUCCCAAAACUGAAAGAUUUUUAAUAUUACAUGGUUACGUUUCCAUACAGAAAAUGAACAGUUCCUCCUUUUUUUAUUUUGAAUUUAUUUCAUAAUAAAGAGAUUGAUAUCCUAA